CACAAAUCCAUCCCUCUGCUUUAAUUAAAAUUUCUGUAUUUUUUAGAAAACAUAUAUGGACAGUUAGGUGGAACAGUUAGGACAGUUAGGGAAAAUUGAAAACCCCAAAGGCUUAAAUAAAAUCCCUCUUACACUAAAUGCUAGGAAUACUCACAAAUAAUAAAGAUAAAGAGUAUUUCUCUAAAUGUGGGUGCUGCCUUAGCCACCAUUAAUUGUUAUGGAGGUACUUAUAGGUAGAUAGAUAUAUUUAGGAAAAUAUACAAUGCAUAAAAUAUUUUGAUAUGGGCUUUUGACUGAAUUUGUUUUGUUCCCACAAGGUGGAAGUGCACCGAAGAAAUCCCAUGUGGAUGAGAAAAGACCAGCCCCCCUGGACAUACAGAGGUACAAAUUCCACCAAGAGCUAGGAGAAGGCACGUUUGGACAGGUGAUGUUGGCAUCAUAUACACCGAAGAAACAACUUGUGGCAAUGAAGACGGUGUCCAAACAACCCAGCAAGGGCAACUAUACCUGCAUCAUGAAGGAGGCCCGACUCUUGAAGAUCGCCAGAGGAUGCCCCUUUCUAUGCCAUUCUCAUGCCACGUUCCAGUCUGAGCUGCAUGCCUUCUUCGUGCUCGAGUAUGCCGGCGGGGGAACACUGCACAAAGUUAUUGCAGACCAAGGAAAUCUGUCAAUGAAGAACAUCCAAUUCUACACUGCAGAGAUGGUGAUAGCCCUACAGUUCCUUCACUCCAAUGGCAUCAUUCACCGUGAUCUGAAGCCUGAAAACAUCUUGGUGGAUAACAACGGGCACAUCAAGAUCUGUGACUUCGGCCUCGCUGUUGAAGGAAUGAUCGGCAGAAAGAAGAUCAGCGGAUUGACAGGAACACCUGGAUACCGUGCGCCGGAGGUUUUGUCAUUGGAGAAGUACGAUGCUGCAGUGGACUGGUGGUCCUUCGGGGUCAUCAUGUACGAAAUGGCCACCGGCAGACAGCCAUUUGCCCCAUCACUGGUUUCUGCACAGGAGUUGUUUGAGAUUAAGGAGAGAAAACUUGAAUACCCGCGUCACAUGAGCCAGGAAAUGCUGGACCUUCUGCCAAAGCUUCUGGAGAUGAACAAGAGCAAACGCUUAGAAGUAAAGGGCAACAUCAGGAAGCACUCAUUCUAUGCCAGAAUCAACUGGAGUGAGCUGGAAAACAGAAAAAUAAAGGCACCUUUCCAGCCCAAAAUUCCACCAGCAGAUAAGUUACCAGUCAUACAUCCAGGAUUCUGCGCUGAGACAUCUAAGAGAGCUAAUGUGGAAGGCUUCUCCGAUGUGGAUUCCAACUGGAAAUGGCAGGAGUAAAGUGUUUUCUGUGCUCAUGUGGACUAACCUCAAACUCCCUGUACAGCAAGUGAUGACGGCAAAGUACCAUCCAUGGCCAAUUCCAUCAAUGAAUAUCAGAUCUGCCGUCUACUGUCUAGUGCAAGUGUACAAGUGUCUGUACAGCCGACUACACUAACACCACAUGGGAUCCUUGACAGAAAGUAGAAAGAACUCGAGGCAUAGUGCACACAAGACAUCACAGGAGGCCCCACCAGAAGAAAGGAAUAGCUGCAAUCCGGACUUUCUAAAUGGACUUUCUAACAGACCCUUGGAUAAGGGUAAAAAUGUAUACUGAACAUACAGUGCACUUAUGGUAAUCCAGUGCACUGUUAAUUAACACCGUUCAGUGUACUUCAGUUUCUUUAUAUAAGGUAAGGUUUAGGGGUAAGUAUAGAAUUAAGUAAGUUUACUUCCUUUUCUAACUUCCAUCCCAUUGUUUUACUGUUUUCUUAUAGAUAGGAUGUUAUAUAGAAAUAGAAAUGUUAGGAUUCCUUCUCCUCUUUACUCCUGUCCCAUUCUUUUCUUUUACCAUUUUCUUUUCUCAUUUUCCUCUUUUCUCUUUUCCUCUUUUUCAACUUUAAUGUACUGUAAGUUAAGGUAAAAAAGGGUGGGUGGUAUCUUAUAUUGGAAUAGGAAUGUUACAAUUGUUUCUUGCUCUUCUUUUAUGCUCUCCUGUCUUUUCCCUGUAGUUUGUAGCACAUACUGUACGUUAAAUGUAAAGUUUAUGGGUAAAGGUAUACAGGAUAUGGCAGUGGUUAUGUGGGAUAAGGGAUAUAUGUAUAUAAAUAUGGGAUAUGGGUACUAUAAGGGUUAUAGUAAAGGGAUAUGGGAAUAGUGAUGUUGAAUAAGGGAUAUAUGUAUAUAAUUAUGGGAUAUGGGUACUAAAAGGGUUGUAGUAAAGGGAUAUGGGAAUAGUGAUGUUGAAUAAGGGAUAUAUGUAUAUAAUUAUGGGUUAUUGGUACUAUAAGGGUAAUAGUAAAGGGAUAUGGGAUUAGCUAUGUGGGAUAAGGAAUAUGCCAUAUCCUGAUAGAAAUUUGCAGCAAAUCAUAACAGUAAAUUAGCUGCUGAAGAAACACCACUUUCAGCCUGUUUACACUGUGAUUUGCUGCAAUAAGUAUGAAAGGUAUGAAGUGGUGUGUGAAUGUAAAUAGGGAUCCCCAUUGCACCAAUGUAGAAGAUGAACAUAGCGCACCUUCUGAUUGGCUGCAAGUUUCAUUUAGUUCACCAUUAAAAUGUAGAAAAAUCUGAUGAGGCCGUCCGUAUGCUUGUGCCUCUUUGUCCCAAUAGGAGGGAGUAAUAUUGCAGCAGAUAGAGCUGCAGCUUGUAGGCCACUUUUUAAAAAGAUAAAUAAGCCCAUUAGAGUUGUGAAUGUGAAGGUGUAAAGUUUUAGGGUCAAAGGAAUAAGAAUAGACUAGGCAGAGCUGUAGGUCCCUAAAUGCUGCCUAGCCACAACUCCCUCCUUCCCCUCCCCACCAUGAAUCAUAUAUUAGUCAAGAUAAAUAGGCCCAUAAUAAUCCUCAUCCCCCAUAACCAGGCCUUUUAGAUAAUAAAGGCUGCUGGUAUUAAUAGUCAGUAGAAAGUUGAUCCAGGGACUGGUCCGAUUGCCGUUUUGGAGUCAGGAAGGAAUUUUCCCCCCAUCUGAAGCAAAUUGGAGAUGGCUAAAGAUGGGGUUUUUUGCCUUCCUCUGGAUCAUCUAUAAUAAACCUGAUGGACACGCUCACCCUCAAUUACUGUGUAACUGUGUCCUUAAUUCAUUGAUAGGGUCCAUCAAAUUCUUACUGAAUAGGGAAGUACUAGUGGAAUUAUAAAGUGAGUAAAGCAGUGGGGAGUGGAAUUCCAGUCUCACUGACCAUGGGAUUUGCCACAGGGACAGAGAAAAUAGUGAGUGAAUGAGUGAGAGCAUGUGGGUGUGCGGAAGUGUGUGUUAUUGUAGAUUAUUCAUUGGGGAACUUUUGUUCCUUACACCUCACAGUCUGAUCUGAGGAGGAGGGGUCCCAUGACGGCUUAUAUCAGCCGGUAUCUGGCCAGAUAGGGAACUAUUGCAGCAAGUCAUCGGGUGAGCCAUUUGCUGCAAUAGGUGUGUGAAUGGA